AUGUUGCAAGCAAUUCUCGAUUCCGUUACAAAGCCUUCUGAGCUUGCUGCUUUGUUUCAGUACAAGUUUGCACAUAAAUCUCCUUCUGCUAUUCGUCAUCAGCAGUCAUUAGACAGGGACGCGUCAAAGAAGCGUUGUUAUGACUUCUUAAACAUGACCUCUAGAAGUUUUGCUGCUGUUAUUCAAGAGCUUGAUGAUGAUUUAAGAGAUGCUGUCUGUUUAUUCUAUUUAGUUUUACGUGGUUUAGAUACAAUUGAGGAUGAUAUGACUUUACCUUUAGAUAGAAAAGUUGAAUUAUUAAGAUCUUUUGAUCAAAUUAUUUACCAAAAAGAUUGGACUUUUAAUGAAAAUGGUCCUGAUGAAAAAGACCGAGAAUUAUUAGUUCAUUUUGAUGUUGUCAUUAACGAAUUCCUUCGUCUUAAGCCUGAAUUUCAACAAGUUAUUGCCAACAUUACAAGAUUAAUGGGUAACGGUAUGGCCGAUUAUGCUUCAGGCAAACAUCGUGAGAAUACAGCUGUUGCUACAGUCGCUGACUUUGAUCUUUAUUGUCAUUAUGUUGCCGGACUUGUUGGUUAUGGUCUUUCGGACCUCUUUGCCGCUUCUGGUCUUGAAUCUGAAGAAAUUGCAAAAGACAAACACAUUUCUAAUUCAAUGGGUUUAUUCCUACAAAAGACAAACAUCAUUCGUGAUUAUCGUGAGGAUUUAGAUGAUGGACGUCAAUUUUGGCCUCAUGAAAUUUGGGGAAAGUAUGUGGAUAAAUUCAGUGACUUUACAAAGCCUGAAAAUAAGUUGAAGGCUAAAUAUUGCUUAAAUGACAUGGUUUUGAAUGUAUUAAAUCAAGUCCCUGAUGUUCUCACUUACCUCUCAAGACUUCAAAAUCAAUCCGUUUUUAAUUUUUGUGCUAUUCCCCAAGUCAUGGCUAUCGCUACUCUUGCCUUGGUCUUUAAUAAUCUCGAAGUUUAUCAACGUAAUAUCAAGAUUCGUAAAGGUGAAGCUGUCAAAUUGAUUUUGCAAAGCACAAACAUGGAUAAUGUCAUUUCUAUCUUUAGACAUUAUAUCUUUGAGAUUGCUAGAAAGAAUGAAGCUGUAAAUCCUAAUUUUAUGGAUAUUUCCAUGUCUAUUGGCAGAGUAUGUGUAUCAUGA